CGUGACGCCAGCUGAGUUAGCCAAGCACUUCUGAUGCCAUUUAUUUAUUUAUUCAUACAUACGUGUCUUCAUUCUGAGUCCGACCGAGCUGCGUAUCUUCCAGUCAAAGAUUUUUUUUAAAAAAAAUAAUAUUUUAUUUAUUUAUUUUUUAUUUAUUUUUUUUUAAAUGCACGUCUACAAGCGAGCUGGCAGGGAAGGUGUUACACAUCUGGAUCCUACCAACGCGUCGGGUCGGGCUACUCGCUCCACUACAGACAUGAGGAUUUCUCAUUCCGCCGCGCAUUAGUGAUGAACACACCACGGGACUGCCACUGUUGAUGCAAGGCUGAAAAAGGAAAAAAAAAAGAGAUGAGGAUACCAUCACCAGACUCUGUGUGCGGAUAUAAGCAUGGGGACACCGGAGCGUGGUUUGAUUUCUCUAUGGCUUUGCAUAAACCCAGAUGCCUCCCCUCCCUCUUGACGAGCGUAUAGUGGUCAUUCAGCGCCCUAAAAAUUUAGCUCUAUGUGAGGCCUCUCCACAAACCAUCCCACAGCACUCCUCUCACAUAACAGCCUCCUCCAAUGGACAAGUCGCCCACCCUCCUCACCUCCACCCUUCUCAGUCCCACUUUUAUUCACCUUCCUGUAAAUCUUUGACUCUGGAAUGCAAGCGCAGGUCCUCCCGUGUGCAGAAAUUCAAGGGCGACCAGCCUGUCACCCCAGCGGGUGUCACAAACAUCCCUAGCCACUGCCACAGCAAUGGCACAGUAACUCUCGGCCCUCGGCUGCCCUCCCACACACAUACCAUUGAUAUCAGGGUGACGGUGGACAAAGGAGGACGGGGAGGAGGAUUCAGCCACUCAUUAGGGCGUAACGGGAGUGUAAAAGGUGGCAGAGGGAAAUGUGUUUCAUCACAGUUGGACCAAGGACAAUGUGAGAGAAAAACAGGAAGUGCAGGGAGAUCAAGCGGAGCUGAACACAAGUCACAACGAAUUCGUCAGCUGUCAUUUUCCCCUGGAGGGGUCCUACAGUUUGUCCCCGCUCAGUCACAGCAGCAUAAAUUCAGGAGUGAAAAGGAAAAGGAAAACACUAGUUUUAAUAACAAAAGUGAUCAUGAAUUUCCCUCUAUAAGUCACAAGAAGAAUUCCAAACUGGGAACUGUCCAUCAAAGCCAAAACAGUCACAGUCUUCCCUACCACCACAACUCUGUCCCCGUGCCUCAUGCUGCCAUCCUAAACUCCAACUAUCCCUCAUCCCCUCCCUCCCAACCCACCCAUGUACCAAUUUCAUUACAGCAGCUCAGCCAGUCUCAUCUGCCUCAUACCAGGGAUCACCGCCCUCAUAUUCUUCAUGGUCUUCCGCUGUCCCCCUGCUCCUCCCAUGCCGGAGGAUUCCCCAGCCCUGACCACACCUGCACUAUCGAUUGCACACACCCAUUCAGUUGUGGCUGCUGGAGGCUCGUAAGAUGCAGAGGCUGUAAGGGACACACUUCUAGCUUCCAAGGAGGUGGAGGAAGCACUUCCACCUCGUUUUCUUGUGGUCACAAUGUCAGAACAGUGAAGAGAGGCGGUAAAGAAAUGGGCCUGAAAAAUCUGGGUGGGUGUCUCUCCACCGCCUCCACCUCCAACACCUCCUCUUCUAAUAGCACUGCGUCUGACUGCCGAGCAAGCCUGUUCAAACCUGCCCGCUGUCCCUCCUGCUCUGGUGAGGCUGGAAAUUUUGAAAGUCCUGCUAUCCUGCGCAAAAAACUGGUAGGAGGAUGCCUGCCCUGUACCCCACUCUCCUCUUCGGCACCCCUGCGGGCGAUACAGAGCUGCGUCACAGGCUGCAACCCCAAAGCUUCCCAGACAGGCAGUUCCACCUGCAGCUACUGCAGCAGCGAUCCCAUAGUGGUGACAUUCAACCCUCGCCGAGGCAAACCACCAGGACGAGGCAUCGGAGCAGCUCAUCCAAUGGCUACGUUUCAAGCCGAUGAUGAUGACUACAGCGUGCGUACUAUCUGGCCCGAAGAACUGGCCAAGAAGAUGACCCAUUCUAAAUCCCAAAAGAAUCACUGUACCGGGAUGGGAGCAGGAGUCGGGAAGACCUGUGCAACCCAGGCUCAGAAUGGCAGUAACGGAACAGGCCUUGUCCUCUUGGACUGUCAAAACCUCCAGGAUUACUCGCAGACUCAGAUCACAGACCACGCUGGCCGUCGGCGGCUUCAGCAGGGCAAAAUGGCUGCCCUUGAUUUCAUGGGACGCAGGUCAGGAUCUGGGUAUGAUGAUGGCCGCAGCUCACUGAAGAGGCUCUUGAACAAAGCUGAGGAUGCAGGAAUGAGUGAUGGUCCUGAGCAAGAUGAAGAUGUAGCAUAUUCCCCCUCUCCCCGAUCUGCAUCCCCACCAUCACCUGUGUCCUUUUCCCCUCCACCCUCUGCCCCUACCACACUCAUCAAACCCAAACCCUGGCUGAGAGACAGAGAGGGAGGGCACUCUCUGCCAUCAGCCCAGUCACUUCACCUGGCCUUGAACUCCCUGAACAGAGAGCAAGACGAGGAGAACAGCAGAAUGCACCUCUCUCUUCCACUCUCAUCUUCACUGCCGGCUUCUCUGUCUGACGAGAGUGUGAUGACUCCUGAUGCAGAGAAUGCUGUGAUCAGUCCAAUUCUGCCCUUCCUGUUUCUGGGGAACGAGAGAGACGCCCAGGACCUGGACCUGCUCUUGCGCCUAAACAUUGGCUACGUGGUCAAUGUGACCACACACCUGCCCCUGUACCACGUUAGCUCUGGACUGCGCUACAAAAGACUCCCAGCCACCGACAACAGCAAGCAAAACCUUCGACAGUACUUUGAAGAGGUUUUUGAGUUUAUAGAGGAGGCAUAUCAGAGUGGACAGGGAGUGUUGGUGCACUGCCAGGCAGGCGUGUCCCGUUCUGCAACCAUCGUCAUCGCGUACCUUAUGAAGCACACCCUCAUGACAAUGACAGAUGCCUACAAAUAUGUGCGGAGCCGGCGUCCUGUGGUGUCCCCGAAUCUAAACUUCAUGGGCCAGCUUUUGGAGUUCGAGAGGGACCUCAACUCUGGGGUGACUCCUCGCAUCUUGAUGCCUAAACUUAACGGUGUGGAGACGCAGGUGUGAGACAGACAGGUGUGUGUAGAAUUACUGCAGUGAAGGAGAAGAUACUAGAGAUAUAAAAGUGGCAUUAAUGAGCAUGACAGAAACAGUGCAGCACAUUUGAGAGGAGAGACACGAUGAGAAAUAUUUCAUCUGGAAUGCGUUGAUGUGUUUUGCAAUUAGUGCACUUUUAAUACUGUGAAACCUGAGACAAAGGACUGGGUGGUUCAUUUGUUUAAGUGGUUCUUAGACAACGUGAUCUUCAUCUGGGACACUGUUUAUAAGAUAAUGUGCCAAUAUUUUGUAUAGAUCUAACAUCAUUCAGAUAUCUCUUUUUUUUCUGAUGCCUCUUUUUUUGUUCCCACUGUUUACAUUAACGGGCACACAGAAAUAGUGACUUCGUAAAUGCAUGCAGAACGUAAAAAAAAAAAAAGAUCCACCAUUAAUCCUUCAACAUCACCAUCCUGAUGUUUUCAACACAUGUAGCAACACACAGGCACUUUACUUUUUUUUAAUCUCAAACUAAAAUCACAAAGAUGAGAAAAAUAUGUCAUACGAACUUAAGUCACUGUUUUAAUUAAUAAUGAACAUCUUUUUUUUCUAAUUUGAGAACUGUGCAAUAGCUUAGUGUGGACCUAGUCAGGAAAUGUGUUAAAAUGUUUUUAUUCCCGUGAAGCGGCCAGUAUAUUAACAAAGGAAAAGGCCUGUGCUACAAAGUAGCAGCAGGAUUUCUGAAUACAAAACUUAAAUACAUUAAAUAGGCAGGUUAAACACUGAAAUAAGCUCAUUACGAAAGCAUUUACAACCGAGCGUCAAUCACUGCUCAACUAUAAUUUACAGUAGAGGUGUAGAUCAGUGGGGUUUUUCCUGCUGUUAUGAUGUGCUUUAAACAACUGAAAUUGUCCAACUGUAGCUACUCUGUGUAUUUUAUGGACAAUUCAUGAGAGAGAUGCAUUAUUAGUAAUAAGUUUUAUUUCCUGAAGCGCAGUUUUUUAUUUAACAUUAACAGUCGAUACAUAAGGUUCAAGUCCAGAAACCUUGAGCAAAAUAUUUAUUUUGGAGUGAAACUUUACUACUGUUUUUUAUAACUCUUCAUUUCUGAUGUUGGCUAGCUCGCUGCAGUUUUGAAGUCUGCUCAGAAUCACAUUUCCACAAUGGGGCUUACAAUACGUUGCCAGGUCGGGAAUGGCUCUUAAAGCCUAAUCUACUUUUUAAUUAAUUCAUUUUGCCAUUGUACCUAACUCCAUUUUUUCCCACUUAUCGUAACCUCCUGAGCAGUGUUCCUCAUGACUAUGCAUUAGCUAAUAUUUCAAGCCUGAGUCCCAUUUAGCACACUUUAAAUUACAGAUCCUGUGCAGACGACCUGCACACCUGCACACUGAACCUUCAUGGCUAGGUUAAGCUAACACAAUGAGACCUGCCAUAUAGAAGUGAUUACAAAAUAGUUACCAUACCAUCAUUCUUCACAAGUGGUUAUUAAAUCAGCUACAGCGCAUAACGUCAGUGCGGACCUCCUUCUGUGUUGUGCAGUAAUCUGGUUUAAUUUGGGGCAACAAAUGAUGUGAAGCAACAUGCUACAAACUGAAACUCAUUCAUCUUUCACAGAUUUCCAAAGCAUCGCAGCUUCCUGUUUAGUCUCCAUCAGUUAAUUCACUUCAUGAGAAAGAAACUGUGAUUAGAAGUGACUGCUGUUUCCUUUGCACACUUUAUAACCUGAUGCCAUAUACUUUUUUGAUAACAUACUGUCAAUGCAUACACUAAAUCUGCUAGAUGCUAGGCAGGAGGGUAGGAAGAGGAGACUUGUAUUUUUUUUUAUUAUUUGUAUUGUAUAUUUUUUAGAUGUAACAACAGAAGACAGAAAUGAUUAUGCAGGCUGACAGAUGACUAGUGGAAAGGUUUUAACCUUCUCCAUCCAUAACAACCCCAACAAAUCAAUAUCAGUGAAUAUAUACUACAAGAGUUCAUAGAAUUGAGGCGCAACGAAGCUUCCCUAUUCCAGAUUUAACCAGUGAUUAACAAAAUGACCAGACACAAUUUUCUAAAACCAACAUGCCUUCAGUUCAGCCUUGUGUAAUUUGGUCCUUUGUGAAAAUUAUCCUAAACUUUUGCUUGUUGAAUUUAUUUUCUGUCAAAGUGACUUUGAUACAGGCUCUCUAUUUUUCUACAGUCUUCUUCAUCAUAAUUUUUUUUUUUUUUUUUUACAUGACUCUUUGUUUUAUAUGAAAGGCCAUGUGGACAGAACGACAUCUUCCAAUUCUGCCGUGGCAAUGCAGAUGCACAGCCGUGGUUUGCGUCACAGUUAUUAACACUUCCAACGUUAUCAGUCUCCCGAACGGGGGGCGACGUACCGUAUUCAUGUUUGUACCUCUGCCUUUAUUUCAGCUGGGGAGACUUCAACCAAACAUGCUGUUCACUGCUCCCGUCUCUCCAGCUCAGCUCACAGUAGGUGUAGUGUUAACAUUAGAAGAGGGCCUAUUGCUACUGCUCCUUGAUUUUUAUACGGACUUUAUAUGCAAAAUGGCUGCCGAAGCAAUUUUCUUUAACUCCACGCUGUAUGGACUUGCUGUGCAAGUGCUGAGGCACUGCUGACCUCAGACGUUUGCACCCGAGAGACACAUCAAGGGAAAUUCAACGUUUUCUCUUUCAUUCAUACGAACUAAAGGGCCAGUGUCUCUGUGGGUGUCAGCGGGCGCGUAUAAAUCGUGUUUUGCACUUGAAAAGAGGAAAGUGUGUGUACGAUAACUUUUCGGGAACCUUGUAUAUCUGUGUAUUGCAUUUCUUUGUGGGAACUUGCCUAUUCCUCUUUGUAUUUUAUUGCUCAUUUUUCAGCAUUGUGUUAUUCCCUGUACCGAACCCUGAAUUUAAGGAUUCAUAGGAAUGAUGAUGAUAAAAGCAGACCACCUCCCUCUUUCUUAGCAGGGGUAAGAACUCUUCAGGUAUGACUCUCAUAGUAAUGCUGUGCUGUUUCUUUGCCCCGCCUCCUCCAGAGACCCAAAAGCUCAUGUUAACUAAACCUGUGAUGCUCUUCUGUCACCCUUCCCUUUUCACAGUGGAUUCUUUCUCUUAAUCAAAUGUAAUAUUUUCAUAUUGUAAUAUCUGGUCCUUGUAUUUAGAAAUGUUUUUACCUUCAUGUACCGAUUAUACUCUUCAUAACUCUUUGAGGUGCACUGUGACAAAUACGAUGCUGCUAUAUCACAAAGACUUUUAUUCUGUGCGUCACACGAUGACUAACGCUAAAGGUGACUGCUACAAAAGCGGGCUUGAGUACAGAGGCCCUAGCUUAUAUUGUCUGAAUACAGUCCAGGCUUCUUUGUGCUGCCUUGGUGCAGUGAGAGUGAACUUGUGCACAAGAUCUGUAGCUGUUCCUGUUGUUCUUCCUUCUACAAGCACGGCAGAAAGACAAGGGAACGUAAAAUGUAGCCAUGUAGUAUUUGUAAAGGCCAUGUCAUUGCUAACUGGUUAAACAAGACCAUAAUGUUGCUUUUUUGUUGUGCAAAAAUCCAGGUUGAGAGAUUCAUGAUUGAAUUUAUAAUACCCACAUAUACAGAAGUAACUAUUAGACUCUUCUGAUCAGUCUAGACUCUAACUGUCCAGCUAAAACAUAAAUCCUACCACUGCAAUUUAGAGUUGAUGCAUAAUUGAAUCAUGUGUUUCGAAGCGUGUGUUGCUGCUGACACGCUGACACCAAACACACACAUAUAUAUAUAUAUCCCAGAGGGUAGAUCUGAUGGUCAACCAGCACCACUAUAAGUUGGUGAAGCCAAGGAAAUUAUCUCAACUUUUGACUGCAUUGCCAUUCAUGGUCAAUACGCAGAGUUUAAUUUUAAUCCGCUGGCAGAUCCUACGAGCCUCAGCUGGUGAAACACCUUCAUCAGCGUGCUGGCAUUAACACGGCACGCUCGUUAGCAUCCUGACAUUGGGAUUUAGCCCACUUUAGCAGAAAACUAGCAGGUUUAUUAAGUCUUUGUCUCGUUUUGGAUAAACAGACGUCUCAAAAAUAUACAAUCCCUUAGUCAGGUAACCUGGGCUAUGCUACAAAUCUGCAUGUUUCAGUUGCAGGAAUAUAUUUAAUAGCUGAUAUAGCUCUAUACAGCAUAUGAAAAAAAAACCUGAUUGACCAAUUGAAUACUGAACAUCAACAAUGCCUAUUAAAAUAUCAGUAAUAACCAACAGGCUAGAGGAAAAAUUCAUUUGCUGCAUUUUGCACUCUGUUUUCGUUUGUGGUAAACUACCUGCAUCUUAUGAGAAACAAUAUUUACAAUAUGUUUGAACGUGGUUUCAUUUGCAUCCUUAUACAACUACAUAUAUUCUUAGCAUAAAUGUGGUUUGCAACUUAUACAUUUUGAGAAUCUAGACUUAGAUCUCAGAAAUAGUCCAAAAUAUGCAUCUGUAAAUCAUAGUGUAGCUUAAAACCAUAUGCAAAAAGACAAGUGGAUUUAUGCUGAAGUCCUCUCCUGAGAGUCAGUAGCAAGUGAGUCAGCCGGUGUCAAGACUAUUAGCAUCUCUAAUACACACAGGCCUUCCACGCAUCCAGGACUCGACAGAGAGGUUUGAAAAGUGUUAGACGUGUAAAUGUGGAGAACUGUGAUGUGAAAAUACUUUGUAAGCAUGAACUCCAAUUCAAGCCGAAACCGCUGUACAAUACGUAAACAGGCACACUAGCUGCACAGAGAGGUUUAAUGAAAGUGCUCGCUGGACCGUGGCUGCUGACACACUCGGUUCACACAUGGACUUCCUCUUCCGUUUGUCAUGGAUUUGAUCAGAAGCAGCUCUGAUUAAAUUGGUUCCUGUGUUAGUGACAUGAUUGAUGAUUUCCCAUCAAGUGAUUUAAUUGCUGUCUUGUCUCUUGUUGGUUGUAGCUGAAUAUGAUAAUGUUAAAACCAUAAUAGCAUCCUAAAGUGUGCAGUACAAAACCUGAUGGCUGGAUUGUGAAGUUGUUCUCCAUGUUAAUUUCUAGUAAACACACUGGAACUGGCUCUUUUAAUAAUAAAAGAAAAGUCUGAGAUAACA